AUGACGUCGCCUGCGAACCAGCAGACUCCGAUCCCGGCGACCACCACCAACGCUCCUACGGCAACUUCAUAUGCCUCCGCAGCAGGUGCGCCAAAGAAGUCCGCUCAGGCGCCUGUAGUUGCGCCCACCUCCAACGCCCCCCUGGUGGUUGGCUCCUCUGCCCAGACGGCACAGAAUGCCAAGGCGGCCUCAUCGCCUUCUCCAGUAAACGGCAAACAGCCCGUUCCUCCCGCAGUCCCGGCCGUCGCCCGUGGCUCUUUCAACGGCUCCGGCCCCGAUCACCUUCGAAAAGGCUCCGUCACCAUGGCUGCCAACGGCCCUAGCGGCUACGUCGCCAAUGGUGGCUCCAUUGGCGGUGCCAAGUCUGGCAUCCAGUUUGGCUACGACUCGCCCGCCAUGGGACACAGCACUCCUCACGUCGGCCACUCUGCUCCCAUCCCGGUCCCCGAUGCGAACAACAACCACCGAGUGCCCUCCCCCGCCCACUCUCCUGCUCCUAUCCCGCAGCCCUCUGCUAGCGGUGGCCGACCUCCGUCUAGCCUGCAGCAGCCAACGAACCAAAUGACCUUUGGCAGCCUUGGUAGCGACGGUGAUCGCCAUAUGAGACAAGGCUCUGUGCCUCCCAACUCGACCCUGGGAAAUCAGGGCACACACUUCCGCCGCGAGUCGAGCCAUUCCGUCCAGAGCGACAGCAGCCGUGGCAACUUUGGCCCUCAGAACAACCGACCGAACAGAGGCUCCUUCAACCCCCAUGCCACUCAGUUCAACAACCAGAUGGGAUUCCCUCCCAACAACCAGUUCCGACCUCCGGGCCAAAACCGCGGCAUGCCUCCUCCUUUCCAGCCCGGCAUGACUCGACCCUACCCGAACUCGCCUCAACCUGCUCGGAGCCCUGCUCUCGCAACCCUCAACCCUUCGCUCCCCGGCACGCCGAAUAUGCCUCCCGCGACGAUGCAGCCCAACAUGGCCAUGCAGAAUCCCCCCGCAUAUCACUAUCCGCCACCGAUGGCAGCUCCUCAUCAGCAACAAGUACAGUACCCCUUUCCUGCAGUAGCAACCAAAGUGAAUUUAAAGCCCAGUAUCAAAAAGAUAAAGGGUCGUCGUGAGCGCGACGGGCCUCUUCAAACGGGACGCCCCUUGAAUUCCGCGCGCGAACCAUGUACCAGCGAUGUUUUGCAGCAGCCGCAACAGCAACCGCAACAGCAGCAGCAGCAGAAUCAACAUCGUAUGAACAACAUGCGUCCGGUUUCUAGUGGAAUUCCAAAGGACUGCCCUCCUCCCUCUGUCCCCCUUGUCAACCCCCCAAGCCAUCCAGCUUCGCUUGACCUUUCUCCUGAAAACGGAGGUUUUGAACUCUGGCUAACAUGGAAGAAUCAGACUUUCGGUUUCCCCCCGCAGCAGUUUGGCCAGCCCAUGCCGUACUACCCCGGCGGGAUGCCAUACAUGGCUCCUCAGCCCAACACCCAAGCUUACAACCAGCAGUUUGCCCCCCCUACUUACCACCAGCAGAGCCACAGCAUGUCCCGAUCGCCCUCGCAGCCUGAGCGACCGCCAAAGCCCAACAGCUUUAUCAAGCCCAGGAAGAGUGCCGCGGUUCAAAUUAAGAAUCUUGCUGGCGAGGUUGUCGAUACUUCAACUUUCAAGCAGCCGGCUUCUCCCGUGCCCAGCACUCACCAGACCAAGACUCCUCCCGUCGUCGCAACAUCCACUCCUCCCCAGCAGAAGCUCGACACGCCCACUCACACCCGCACAGACAGCCAAUCGCCGUCAAAGACAGCUAAGGAGAUCCAGGACGAGUUGAAGGCCAAGAUCCAGGCUGAGAUCAAAGCCGCUGCUGCUAAGGCCGCCGCCGGUAAUGAUACCAAGCCCAAGGAAGAGGAGAAGAAGGAAGUGGUAGAGGAGCCAAAGGCCGAAGUCAAGCCAGAGGUCAAGCCAGAGGUCAAGGCCCAGCCCGAGGCAGCACCCGAAGUCAAGCCCGAGGAGAAGAAGGUAGAGCCUGCCGAAACCAAGGUGGAGGCUAACCCUGAGGCUAAGCCCGAGCCUCAACCGGAGGCUCCCGCCAAGGUCGAGACGCCAGCCCCUGAGAAGCCUGCCGAGGCUGCCAAGACUGAGGAGGCCCCGAAAGCAGAGGAGCCGGCCAAGACUGCCGAGGAGACUGCUGAUGAAGAGCUUGAGCGAAUCAUCCGGGAGAUGGAGGAAGCGGACGCCAAGCGUGAGGCAGAGGAAGAAGAGCGCCGUAAGAAGAGGGAUGCUGAGAAGGCCGCUGCUAAGGCCGCUGAGGAAGCCAACAAAAAGUCCAAUGCCGAAGAAGCGGACCGCAAGCUGCGCGAGCAGGAACGCGAGAUGGAGAGACUCGAAGAAGAGAAGGAGAAGCGACGAGAAGCCGCCGAGUCCUCUGGAAAGUCUCUCUCCGUUGCUGAAGCCCUUGCUCAGAUGCGUACUGGUGGUGAUGACCAGGGCAAGAAGGACGAGUCUGCUGAGUCUGUUGCUGAUAAGCUCGCCGACAUGAGCAUUGGCGACAAGUCUGCCGAUGCUGCCGGCCAAAAGGAAAAGCGAGUCGCCAAGCCCGCCGCUCUCAACCUGGCCCCUAUCAAGACCAGCGCCGUGGAGCCACCUCAGCCCAGUGCUGCUCUCCAGUCUCUGAAGUCGGCUCGUUUCCUCCAGGUUAUGGAUCAAGACAUUUACCCCGAGGGUAUCAAGUCUCCUAACCCGGCCCUCAAUGCCGCCGUUGCGAAGAAGGGCAAGACAUUCAAAUACGACGCUGCCUUCUUGCUCCAGUUCCAGAAGGUCUUCACUGAGCAGCCUUCGCUUCAGUUCGGCCAGCAAAUUAAGCAGCUGAUUGGUGAUGGUGAUGGCAACCGAUCUGCAUCGCGGGGCCAGACCCCCAGCUCUGCCAGGCAAGGAUCUCGUGGUGGAGGCGGUUUCCCCGGCGGCACGUUUGGCGUUCCCACUGGACGCACUCUGCCUCCAGGAACCACAUCUGCCGACCGCAUGGCCAUUGCCAGUGGCACUCUGCCGCGGCCCCAGGUCAACCCGAUGGCGUCUUUCCAGCGUCCCGGCACUGCUUUCCCUGGAUCCUCUUCCAUGUCUCGCACUUCUUCCCAGAACAUGCGCAACAUGCCCAACUCUCCGCGCCAGUCCAGCAGAUCCACUCGUGGUAGCCGACGCAACGACAUUGCUGCUAAGGAAGCCCAGGCUGCUAAGACCAUGCCUCUUACUGCCGGCAUGGAGGUCAAGCCCAUUACCAUUUCGGCUACUGGCUGGAAGGCUUCCUCCCUUGGCAAGGCUCCUACCGCCGCUCCUGUGCCUGGCUCUGGCCAGCUCCUGGACCCUGAGACGGUUCAGCGAAAGGUCAAGGCUGCUCUCAACAAGAUGACGCCAGAGAAGUUUGACCGCAUUGCGGACCAGAUCCUCCUCAUUGCUUCACAGUCAAAGGAUGAAUCUGAUGGACGCACGCUGCGCCAAGUCAUCCAGCUCACCUUUGAGAAGGCCACCGACGAAGCUCACUGGGCUUCCAUGUACGCCAAGUUCUGCAAGCGCAUGCUUGAGACUAUGAGCCCUGAUAUUCGCGAUGAGAACAUCAAGGACAAGAAUGGCAACGUCGUCAGCGGUGGUAACCUCUUCCGCAAGUAUCUCUUGAACCGAUGCCAGGAGGAAUUCGAGCGUGGCUGGACAUCCAACCUGCCCGAGGCCCCUGAAGAGGACGCCGACAAGAAGACUGGAGAGGCUGCUAUGCUGUCUGAUGAGUACUACGCCGCCGCCGCCGCCAAGCGACGAGGCCUUGGUCUCGUUCAGUUCAUUGGAGAGCUGUUCAAGCUGGGCAUGCUUACUGAGCGUAUCAUGCACGAGUGUGUACACAAGCUCGUCGAUUAUAAGGGAAUUCCCGACGAGGCCGAGAUCGAGUCACUUUGCAAGCUGCUCCGCACUAUUGGUGCCAACCUCGACGAGACCGACAAGGGCCGUCCUAUGAUGGACAUUUACUUCCAGCGUAUUCAGGGAAUGGCUGAUCUACCCGAGCUACAGAGCCGUAUGAAGUUCAUGCUCAUGGAUGUCAUUGAUCUCCGAAGAGCCCGCUGGGUGUCCAAGGAGGCCAACAAGGGCCCCAAGACCUUGGACGAGGUUCGCGCGGAGGCCGAAGCUGCACAAGCCGCCAAGGCUCAGGAAGCGGCACGAACCACCCAGAGAGGUGGCCCUGGAGGCCGACCUCCUGUUGGCCGUGGCGAUGCUCGAAACUUCUCUGGAAACUUCAGCCAGCCCGUCAGCAACCAAGUUGGCAUGGACGACCUCAGACGUCUGAAGGGCUCAUCUGUCAACCGAACCUCAAGCUCAAAUGUCACCCUGGGCCCCGCAUCUAUGCUGUCCUCUCGUAGCAACAGCGGACGCCGAUUUGGACCAGGUGGCGCUCUUGGUCGUCCUGGCGAUGACUCCAACAGCUCGUCCCGCGCUGGAACUCCUGGCCCAACAAGCUCUAAUGCUUUCAGCUUGCUAGCCACUAUGGAUAAUGACCACCCGGCCUCCCCUCCGUCUGCUGGACCCUCGCCUCUCAUGUCAAAGGCAGUCCCUGCUAGCGACAAGAAGGACAAUGAAUAA